UGCAGCCAAUCCUCCUUUGGCUGAUGGAAUAGUCUCCCCUCCCCACAGCCCCGGCGCGCCCCUCCCUCGCGCGCCUCGCCGCCUCCCGCGGCAGAGCAGGAGCUGCGCGGCCCGGAGCGGUGGCGGCGGCGCCCGAGUAUCCGUCCCGCACGCCGGGGCGAGGGGCGAGCAAGCGCGCUCCUCCUCCCGCGCCCUGCGCCCCCGUGCUCCCCCUCUCCCCGCUGCUCGUUCUCCCGUCCCUCCCUCCUUCUCUUCCUUCUUUCCGUGUUAUUUUCCUCUUCUCUUUCCCCUUUUCUCUCUCCCUGACCGUUCGCUUGUACAUUCCCAUUCUCCCCCCGUCGCUCUCCUCUCUCCCCCUCCCCUCCUCACUGUCACACUCUCUCUGCCCCCGUCUCUCUUUUCUCAUUUGCUUGCUCAUCUCCGAACGUGGUUCCGCGGCUCCCGGAGGAGCCCAGCUCUCGGAGCACCUGGAGUCCGGCCGGCGGCGGCCCGAGCCUGGCCAGCGGCGGCGGCGGCGGCGGGAGCGGCGGGAGGCGAGGUAGCGGCAGCCCCGACCGCGGGCACCGCGGGAGCCCCAGCGGCAGCAGUCGCCGCCGAGAUGUCCCGGCGAAAGCAGAGCAAACCCCGGCAGAUCAAACGGCCGCUUGAAGAUGCCAUUGAAGAUGAGGAAGAAGAAUGUCCAUCAGAGGAAACAGACAUCAUCUCCAAAGGAGACUUUCCAUUGGAGGAAAGCUUUUCCACAGAAUUUGGGCCUGAAAAUCUGAGCUGUGAAGAAGUGGAAUACUUUUGUAACAAAGGUGAUGAUGAAGGAAUCCAGGAGACAGCAGAAUCAGAUGGGGACACACAGUCAGAGAAACCGGGGCAAUCUGGAGUUGAGACAGAUGACUGGGAUGGCCCAGAUUUUGACACUGAAACUCCACUAAAGUUCUUUCCUGUGAAACUUCCUAAUAUCACAAAGAUGAAAUACGAACAUAUGGCUGAAAGUAAGAAAUCGGCAACAAGGUCCCACAUUCGGAAGACUGCAGCUGGAAGAGAGCUGGAGGUGUUUCAGAAAGAUGGGGAACGAAAAAUUCAGAGUCGACAGCAACUUCCGGUGGGAACAACCUGGGGGCCGUUUCCUGGGAAGAUGGACUUGAAUAAUAAUUCUUUGAAGACAAAGGCUCAGGUCCCAAUGGUGCUGACUGCUGGUCCCAAGUGGUUGCUGGAUGUGACUUGGCAAGGAGUGGAAGACAACAAAAACAACUGCAUUGUGUACAGCAAAGGUAAAUGCAAGAUUGUUUCCCCCUCUCUUUGGAAGUAUUAAAACCUGAGCAUUGCAAAACAGCACCUGAAGAGCUGGAACAGAAGUACAAAGUAUAAUUUGAUCCUCUCUCGUCCUGUUUUCCCAUUUGAGUUCCUCUAAUGUGUAUUUUCAGUAAAGCCACCUUUUUUGUUUUUCUGUGCAACAUAAAACAAAAAGUGUCAUACUAUUAAUUACUUAGUGCCUUAUACAUUUACCUAACUCUGUAUUUGAGUGGCUUAACUAAUAUCUUUCUCUUGCUGUUAGUAUCGUUGAUAGCCAGGUUUGACGAAACUCCAAAUUCUCCUUUUAGACAUUAUCAAAAAGUGAAAUCCUUCUAAAGUUUAGCAAUUUGUGUCAAGGUGCAUGGUCCAAGAGGCGCUACAUUCCAGCCAGUUUCUGGAAGUCAUGUGUGAUGAGAAGAUAGCUGGAAAUGAAACCUUUGCAAAGACAGAAAUCUUCCCCCUGGUGAUUUCUGAAGGGCAGGAGGCAAACUCUAAAGCGGAAGCUGAUGACUUGCAGGGCAUUGCCUUUGAUUUGCUCAGUGUGACAUCAACCCAGACUGCGUCAUGUAGCUGCGCCCUGGCUACAAAGGAGCCGCAGCUCCAUGAUGGCACGUCGUGGGGCUGGCUGUCCAUAGCACAGGACCCUCCUCACGUGUGGUGUAGUUUUGGGGCACUUUUCUCCACGUUCGAGUCUUGGUCCUAGCUCUGUACUCUUACAGUGAAAUCCCUAAUCUCGCUUCUUCAUAAAUAUUGCAAAACUUUGUGCUUCUCAUGUUUAAUUUCCCUUGGCUUUCUUUUUAAACCAAAUAGACCUGCCGAGAUCAAAGAUGUAUUUGCACAUUGAACCUAGAAACCAUAAAAGCAUACAAGGGAACAAGCAAAUAAGCACCCCUAUCAAUAUAUUAACAUAUAAAACACUAAUCAUAACAUCAAAGACUCUUAAAAACUUGCUAGAAACAAUUACAACUUGUUCCUAUAAUCAUUACAGUUUGUACACUUAUAAGAGGAUUGCCUCUAAACUACCAUAAACCUUUGAAAGUUGAAACACCAGAAACAGGGAAUUUGCAAGCUAAAAAAAAAAAACAAUCUGCACACCAGGAUCUGAUUAUGGUUUUUUCCUUCUAUAAUUACUUGUCCCCAUACCCACUAAUUUUCUAACCUGAAAUACCUGUGGUAUGCUGGUGGGAGCGUUCAGCUAAAAGGGAUGUGAGAUUUUCCUAGGAUAUGCCAGUAUAAUCUAUCAAAGUGGAAAGUAUAGGGAAUGAGUUUACCAGUGCCGACAUUCAGAAUACAAAAGAUGCCUUGGAAUGCAGGACCACUUGUUGGGGACAGAUAUCUGUUGUAUGAUAUUUUAUCUUCAUUGUACCAAUAUGGUACGGAGGGAAACAUGGCAAUAGCUGGUCCUCAUAUAUGAUUCAAAUUCAUUGCACUUUUAAAUCAGCUAUUCUUUUAGUAGAGAUGAUUGUUACAUAUUUUGAGUAUCCCUUAUCCAAAUUGCUUGGGACCAGAGUGUUUCAG